AUAAAAAUUCGCACCCAUUUCUGUCUUGCACUCUUGCUUGUUAAAGCCUUUUUGCUGCAAAAAAUGUCGAAAGAGAAGGACCCUUUGCUUAACUCUUCCGAGGCAGAGAAAGAGAGCGAUGUCCCGCCGCCCUGGUUAAACAAGGCGCCUGGUUGCCUUGUUUGGCUUUACGAGCACAGAGAACGUAUUCCAGGAUAUGGAGUAGUCCAACUAUUAAGGAAAGCCUCUCUCUACAGUAUGUACGUUCUCCUUAUUUUGCUGUUGGUUUAUUUAGUCAAUCAAUUGGACCGAUACACUAUAUCUAUCACUGCCAAGUACGUGGGGCUGGACCUUCACUUUGGUACCUUGGACUGUAUGCCAAACUUGACCCUCUUCAAACAAGAAAAGCUAAGCAGGAGCUACCUUGUACACACAAUGAUAAAGGACUGUAAUAAGAACACGAGUCUUACCACUCAAGAGUUGUGUGAAGAUUAUGAAGCUAUGUUACCAAAUGCCUAUAACGACACCACUCCGAUAUGUGCUUGGGAUCAUGAUGGAGCCAAAGGCUUAAAAUACCAGAUCCUUGCCGGGCCAGUGUUCAAUAACCUUUAUCCAAUAGCUGGUAUAUUCAUGGGUUUACUGGCCGACAGGUUUAACAGGAAAAUAUUACUGGGCCUAAGUCUUCUGCUGUGGAGUUUAGCUACUGGUGCAACUGGUUUUGCAGUCAGUUAUGUAAUGCUGGUUAUAUUUAGGAUGUUACUGGCAUUGGGUGCUGCUGGCUGCAAUCCUUUCGCUCUAAGUAUAAUUGCUGAUUACUUUCCACAAGAGUUGCGUGGUUCUGCUGUGGGUAUCUAUUACUGGGGAAUAUACUUUGGUUAUAGCUUAGCUUAUGCUAUUGGCAACGGUGUCAACAUUGGUCUGGGUUGGCGCUGGGUUUUCUUCAUCAGCGCCCUAAUGGGCAUCGUCCUAGUACCUCUAGUCUUCUUUACAGUCAAAGAGCCGAAACGUUCAACCGAAAAGGACACUAAAGCCGUCAAUGGCGAUAAAGGAACUCUGAAUAACAAAAAAGAGUGGUCCUUGUCUGAAUCUCUAGUCCAGCUAAAACUCGUCAUUUUAACUUUUAUAAUGCCUGGGAUGUUGACACUCUGUAUUGCAGGGAGCAUAAGGAACGCUGGGGGUUAUGUUUGGGCUUACAACACACAGCCUUUCUUCUCCCUCACCAUUGAUGAUGCCACUAUAGCAGCCUAUAUGUCUGUUAUUCCGCUGGUGGGCGGGUCUAUUGGUGCUGUAGUGGGCGGACUUAUUUCUGAUCUAUUGGUGAAAGGGCGUGGUCCUUACGCCCGUAUAUGGGUACUCAUUAUUAGUCAGAUUAUUGCUGCUCCAUUUGCGGCUGGUGCCCUGUUCCUCCCCGAACCAUGGUGUUUCCUCUCCCUAAUCCCGUCAAACGUGUUUGGCGAGAUGUGGAUUGGCGUCCUCUCGGCCAUCGUCCUCGACAUAUCCCCCAAGAAAAUCCGAACGACCGUCAUCGCAGUCUACCUCUUCAUCAUAACCGUCAUCGGCGGUAACUUCAACAUCGUAGUAGCACCAAUACAAAAGGCGCUGAAGAAACACAUUGAUGGUGACGAUACCACUAAAGAAUUGAGGUCAAUGCGUUGGACUCUGUUCCUUACCUUCCCUUGUCUCUAUGCUCUCUCUUCCAUUCUUUUUGUGGUAGCUUUUCUUUUGAUGAGGUUUGAUAUUAAGUGGAAGGAGAGGAAAGAGAGAGAGCAUGUGUCUUUGAAUAGACCGGCUAAGUCUGGAUCCGUUGAUAGCGUUGAAUAACAAUGAUGAUUAUUAUUAUUAUUAUUGUGCUUAUUAUUAUACAUUAUUAUGCUGGUACUUAAGCUAAUAUUAGUCAAUUUAACUGUUCUAUUAAUGUAAUACUUUCCUUGUCUCUAUGCUUAUAAUGCUGUUUCCUUUUUAAAUAAGUAUUGUCUAUUUUGGGAGCUACACUAA